UCAGAUCAAAUCAGGCACAAGGUGUCGUCUGCAAGUGUAUGUAACUGUACAUUAUGAGGGAAAAACCAGUUGAUGUUUCAGCGCACAUAAUACACAAUAGACAACUUAGCCUUGACGACGAGUGAUGUGGUUACAAAUACAGAAACAGGACAGCUUUACUGAACCUGAACUCACUCUUCCACGCACAAGUUUCACCGUCUACUCACCUUCACCCUCCCAGGUCCGGCACCGGCACACAGUUGGUGUUUUCACCGCAGCCCAAUGACCCUAACAGCUCGGCUUUCCCUCAGCGGCCCGGACACGCCCGAGCCAGAGGACCUGCUCAGUUCCGCCCUGGGCGUCAUCUUCCCGGACGACGUGACCAACCAGCACGGCGACGCCGACCAUGGGCUCGUCUACACAUCGCCGCACCUGCCCCAUCCGCUAGAACUCGCUCUGGCCGAGGUGAAAGCCGAGACAGACCGCCAGCUCUUCAGCCACUACCUCUGGAACUCGUCGCUUUUGCUGGCCGAGCUCAUCGAGGCGGAUACGCUCCGACUCGGACUCGGCGGGGGCCAGGAGAGCCGACGGCCUCGUGUUGAUAUUGAUGCUGGGGCACCACCACCACCACCACCACCACCAGAGCCGACGGGGUUUGACGUCGCGGGCCUCGCUACCAUCGAGCUCGGCGCCGGCACGGCCCUGCCGUCCAUCAUGGCCGGCUUGCUGGGCGCGCGCCGCGUCGUCGUGACCGACUACCCGGCGCCUCCCAUCCUCAAGACGCUGCGGCACAACGUGGCGAGGAACAUACAACCCCGGCUCGCGCCGCCCUGUCGGUUCGCGGCGGAGGAGGUGCUCGUCGAGGGCCACGAGUGGGGCGAGGCGGGGCUGGACACGCCGUUCGCGCGGGGGAAUCGGCACGCGUUCGAUCGGGUGCUGGCGGCCGACUGCCUGUGGAUGCCGUGGCAGCACGAAAACCUGCGCAGGUCGGUGGCGUGGUUCCUCGGCGAGGGGGAGGGCGCGCGGGCGUGGGUGGUCGGCGGGUUUCACACGGGGCGGGACAGGAUGAGGGGUUUCUUCGACAAGGAGGCGCUCGGGGCCGUCGGGCUCGAGGUGGAGCGGAUCUGGGAGCGGGACUGCAACGGCCAAGACCGGGAAUGGGUCUGGGAUCGCGGCAUCGAGGACGUGACGGUGCGGAAACGGUGGCUCGCGGUUGCGGUUCUGCGGAGGAUACGGAAAUCGGCAGGGGAGAGCGGCGGGGUUUGUCAGUGAUGUGGGAGGGAAAAGGAAGUCCAAGGGGGCGGUUUGACGUGAUUAUAUAGACGGGAGAGCUGUGACCUACCCCAGGGUAGUGUCUUUCAGCUCUGGCCGAUCCAGGUAAAGCGUGUCGAAUACGGAGCAUGAGCUGAGCUGAACUUGCUCCACUCAACAACGCCCAACUAUCGCCGUCAAGGAAACCACCCCGAAAGCCAGGCGACCAGACAUGACACAGGGGCUGGCUUCUAGACCAUCAAAAAGGGUUUAUCAGGGGCCAGAACCAUCUCUAAACUCCAUGAUAGCUGUGAUAUCCUGGUUGUGCUUCAAAUGGUGCAUUCAGCUCGCGGGCCGUUCUUUGCUCGAUUAGGCAAUGCCCAUGUUCAAUCCGUAUGUAGCGUCGUCUGCCUCUCUUUUCUGUCCAUCACAUUGACGGGCGAAUUCGGCUCCUUGCUGACAUGGCUGUGGAGUCAUGCAGUACUGUACC